UGCAAGGACACGGCCAUGGAGGUGGUGUUUUGGAAAGUUUGGUUAACAGUAUGGGUGUUCAAUAGCCGGCUCGAAUUAGAAAACUGAAUUAGAAUGGACCAAAAGAACCAUAUUGGUUAACAGUAUGGGUGUUAUGUAAGAGUAAUUGAAAUGAAAACAUCAUGCUUACUAAAUAUGCGAGUACUAUUUAAAGGAGUCCGGUACAAGGCGUCUGAUCUUGUUUAAGGAAGAUAAAGAUGGCUGGAGGAGGAGGAGGAGGGCUGGACUUUAAGUCUACACCAUCAUGGGUGAUAGGAUCAGUAGUUUUUGUGAUUGUUGUUAUUUCUUUGGUCAUCGAAAAAUUUCUGAGUUACCUUGGCAAGUUAUUGAAGAGAAAGGAGAAGAAACCUCUUAAUCUGGCCUUGAAGAAGAUUAAGGAAGAGUUGAUGUUAUUGGGCUUUAUAUCUCUGCUGCUUACUGUUUUUGGAGAUAAGAUUCAUACGAGGUGUAUAUCAGAAAAACUUGCUCGAAAAUGGCUCCCAUGUCAUGAUGAUUCGGUCCCUUCCGGUCUUAUCACAGGAGGAAAACGCCGCCUUUUAGCUGGCAGUAGUGAGCCUAACUGCGACCAGGGAAAGGUACCUUUCAUAUCGAGUGAUAUCCUUCAUGACGUUUAUUACCUCAUCUUUAUAUUAGCAGUUGUCCACGUACUGAGCUGUAUCCUGAUAGUUCUUCUUGGAGAGAUGAAGAUAUUGCAGUGGCGGAAGUGGGAAGAUGCUAUUAGAAUGCAGAUUGAUGCAGAUUAUGGUAACAAUCGUAGAGUACUGGAUGUUAAAAGUCUCACAUUUAUCAAGGACCGGUUCGAUGGUAAUGAUGCCAAGUACCGUUAUUAUGUGAUUUCAUUCUUCAAGCACCUUGCUGGGAUUGUAACAAAAGCUGACUACACAGCUAUGAGAACAGGCUUCAUUUUGACACAUUGUGAUGGAAAUCUAAGGUUCGACUUUCACAAAUACAUCGUAUAUGCAUACGAAGCAGAAUUUAAUAAAAUUGUGUCUAUCAGUUGGUUCAUGUGGCUGUUUGUGGUUAUUUCAUUGACACUGAAUGUUGCUGGUUGGAAUAUAUAUUUAGCGAUUGCAUGUAUCCCCUUUAUUCUCUUACUAGUAGUUGGCACCAAACUGGAACAAGUGAUCACAGAUCUAGCUAUCCAUAUAGCUCAGAGGCAUACUGUCGUUAUCGGAGUACUAAGAAAUCAACCAUCAGAUGACUACUUUUGGUGCAAAAAACCCAGGAUUGUCCUGUUGUUGAUCCACACCAUACUUUUCAUUAAUUCAUUUGGGUCAGCAAUCAACUUCUGGACAUGGGUUAGAUCUUACCACCCUUGAAACUAAAAUGCUAUUUCGAAACUAAAAACAUUAUCUCAAGUUCUUAACUUGAUCUUGACACAUGAUCUGUAAUAACAUUCUGUGCAACACGGUGCUUUCAGAUGGUAUUAUUGAACUGCAGUUUGCUUUGCAUUCACAUAGAUAGUCACAACCUGCAUCUCGCAUCUAAUUACUUGACAAACGCAGAAGAAGGAAAAUGUAUGACACAUGUCAAAGUAAACAUCGUAACACAUAAACACAUAAGCAAGCUGGCACUUUUAUUAAUUUUUUAGUUGCAGACAUGAUAGAGCAGCAUAUAGAGCUUAUAAUUAUGGUCAAUCAUAUAUGGAGAAAAAGCAAUUUGAAAGACUUUUGAAACCAGAGAACAAGGUACUUAAGAAAUGAAUAAUGUACAAUGGUCAAUGGUUAUGCAUGAGUGUAAGCUAUGAGACAGCAAUAGAUCAAGAUGCACUAAGCAGCCAGGCGAUCUAGCUAAUGGUUGCUUGUUUUGGCUUUUAUAGUUAACGAGUCAAGGGUUAGACAACAUGACUAUACUUAUUUUAGACCAUAUCUAUGUCCACACAAGCUAACAUAGAUACAGAGCUUUUGAACCAGACUUUCAAUCACGAAAAGAAAUCUGUGUAUGAUUGGGUAGUGCUGAACUACUUGAAUAUGGAUUCCAUACACCUUAAAUAA